CCUUCACUACAUGUCAAUGUUGUGUUGGUGUCGCUUUCUUGUACUUUAUGAGAAGGAUGAGACCAUGGCAAACUUAGAAGAAUAACAUUGAAUAUGUUUUGGAGGAGCGAAUGAACGACAAAAAUGAGUUUCAAUGGCUGUCAGCAUUUGCAGACUUACAAAGAAGCCACUGGAACAACGACGUACAGAAUAAUUUACUCAUGUUUUGUCUCUUGCUCAACAGCUGACGCUCGCCGGAGGAAGGCUGAGCUUUCUAAAUGUGUAGAGUGCAAGGAAGCAAAACCUCGUCUUCAUGCUUGCCUGUCCUGUAUUUAUUUUGGCUGUUAUGACAAGCGACAUAUCCAUGCUCAUGCCCAAGAUAAAAAACAUCACAUAGGAAUUGACCUGUCUUAUGGCACCAUAUACUGUUUUGUCUGUGAGGACUAUGUGUAUGAUUCCGAACUUGAGGAGAUUGCCAAAGCUCAAAGACGCAGGGCUACCUUAUCUCUUGGUUUAAAGCAACGCUUCUUUCCAUGGGAACCUACUGAAGAAGAACUUAUUUUGCUAAGAUGUAAUCCAAAACGAAGACGUGUCACAGAAGCAUCACAUAUAGGUCUCAGAGGUUUAAUCAAUUUAGGCAACACAUGCUUUAUGAACUGCAUCCUGCAGUCGUUAGCUCACACGCCAAUCCUGCGUGACUACUUCAUGGCGGACAAACACACGUGCCAGAAGAACGACGACUCUCAGCAGUGCCUUGUCUGUGAGAUGGCCAGGCUCUACCAGGAGGUGUAUUCAGGUCUUCGCACCCCGUAUAUCCCAUACAAGCUUCUUCAUCUUGUGUGGACCAACGCCCGGCACCUGGCUGGCUAUGAGCAGCAGGAUGCUCACGAGUUCCUCAUUGCAGCACUUGAUGUGUUGCACAGACACUGCAAGGAAAUGAAUGGUGUGAGUGACAGCAACCCCCACCACUGUAACUGUAUCAUAGAUCGGAUCUUCACUGGAGGGCUUCAGUCUGAUGUCACUUGUAAACGGUGCAAUAAUGUCUCUACAACGAUCGACCCCAUCUGGGACAUCUCCCUAGACCUGGGUCCCGGCUCUAUCCACUCCUCCCACCUCAUCCCGCCAGCCGCAACGGCUGCUGUCGGCGAUGUGGCAAACUCUACCUCAUUCUCCUCUGCUGCUUCCGAGUCCACCAACUCUCCCUCCACAGGCUUUACAAAUAGUCCAGGGAACUAUGAACCUACCUCACUUGUAGAAUGUUUGAAAAGGUUUACCAAGACAGAGCACUUGGGGAACUCAGCCAAGAUCAAAUGCAGCAAAUGUCAUAGCUACCAAGAAUCUACCAAACAACUUACAAUGAAGAAGUUACCCAUAGUUGCCUGUUUCCAUUUAAAGCGUUUUGAGCAUUCCACGGGCUACCACAAGAAGAUCUCCACAUUUGUCUCAUUCCCUGAGGAGUUAGACAUGACACCGUUCAUGUCGUCGUCACGGAACCACAACAAUGGCUACAGCAGUCAAGUGAUACACUCUACCCCAGCCCCACAUAUGUCCUGUGAUAACAAGUAUUCUUUGUUUGCCGUGGUGAACCACUACGGCACCAUCGAGUCGGGCCACUACACUUGCUACAUUCGCUCGUCCAAAGAGAAGUGGUUCCGGUGUGAGGAUCACCUCAUCAAACGUGCCACAGCCGGUGAAGUGCUCAACAGUGAAGGAUACUUGCUGUUCUACCACAAGCAAAUCUUGGAGUAUGAAUAACGCUAAGCCAAACUUAGGACCACUUUUCUUAUUGUCCUGUGACAGCUCCGUUUGCCAACUAGUAUUACAUGGAGGGCAGUUGACCUGCCUGAACCCAAGCCAAUGCUUUCCUGUCAUAUUUUGUUCAAUGUGUGUAUAUAUAUAUAUAUAUUUUGAUCUAAAGUAAACUUUGUUGCUUCUUCUCUAGGUUCCCACUUCUUAAUUUAUCUACAGGAGUAGAGGUUUUUAACAAGGAGAUAACAAGGCUCUUGUUUAUAUAUAUUAAAGUGAAAGGGAGGGGGGGGGGAGCUCCAUGUGUUGGACUUUGUAAUUCGUACAGUUGUUUUUUACUUCAACAGAUGUAAAGAAAGCAUCAGAUGAAAUGCCUAUUUAUUGAUUUAUUUAUUAUGGAAAAUAAAGUGAUAGGUUUGUGGUCAGUAUUCUGAUGGAAAAAUAGUACAUGUCGUCAGUGCAUUUCAUUAUCCGCUCAUUCAGGCACUUUCGAGAAAUGUGAAAAAACUUUAUUAUUUUAUCCUCUUGAGUUUUAAGAUUUAUAUUUAAGUUGUCAUGAAUUAUUGAUGCAAAUUAAAAUGUGAGAGCCUAUUUUUAAGAUUGUGCUCAGGUCAAAUACCUUAAGAUCGGAGUUUUCACAUUUUGUUCCGUACGCGGAUAGAGAACUGCAAUGACGAUAUGGGAUUAUUUUGAUGAAGGGAGAAUAUUGUCAAUUACACAGAAUAUGUAAUGACUGCUUAGUUUAACACUUUGUCAUCAUAUUUUGGGGAAUAUCCAAAGAAACCUGAGUGAUAAACAUCGCCAAUCAGCGAGAUGGGGUGGCAAAGUGUUAAGGCUCCGCUAUGUAACCAUUUUGAAAAGCGAAGUAUGACAGAGUCUUGCACUGAGCAGUCGACAGGUUGUGUGGAUAUCCUCUUCUGUACUCAUUGUCAAGUGGUUCAGGUACUUAAUGAGAUAUUUCAGUUAUAAAUUGGAGGGAAGGAGCAGGGGUUGGAAUGGUCUUCAUUUUAUAUGGGAAUGCUGAACACUUGCUUGUUAGGAACUUUGACAGUGGGGCUGUUACUAAUCUCAAUCUCCAUUCUAGACCUGAGGUCAGCCUCUCAGAUUUUUUUCCUCUUUACUCGUUCGGCUCUUGAUUCUGAAUCCUUCACAAUUGAGAUAUUAUGUCAUGAAGUCAGUAAAAACAUGUCAAGCUCUAUUUAGUUCAUGUCUUCAUUACUUGUGUGAUACCCAUGGGUGUUUAGUUUAUCUCUUUGUAACUGAAAUAAUACGAAAAGCUGCCAGUCUUGGUGGUGCCCAUGUCACUGGCAUUAAAACUAUAAAAUUCUUAAAGAUAAUGUCAAAGUUCAGUAAUCAUUUCAAACUUUGCAUUGGAAGUAAGUAAGAUUAUCAAGUGAUAUGGAAAACAGAAUGUUGUCCUUUUAGGGUAGUUUGCUUAAAAUUGUUGAUAAAGUAACACUCAUUUUAAAUAGUUGAGGAUCGUUUUAAUGUUUGCUGCUAAGUAUCAAGGAAAUGAGUUGCCAUUGUUUUGUACAGUAUGAGCUGUAUGAAGGGCCAUGGUCUUGCCUUUUUGAUCAAUGCAGUUCUGAGAUUAUCUAUGUACUCCCGUUUGUUUCUCGAUGUAUUCUAUACUGAGGAUCGACCACAGCAGCUUUAUUUUUCAUAGAUGAGUUUACCACCUCUAUUUCUGAAAACCUGUGGGUGGUUGGCAGGUGCUGUGUUAAGGUUUACUCCUUCUUUCGUAUCAAACAUUUACCAUCCUUUU